GAGAAAUUUACCGUAUUCUUUACUCACACUGUGGAUAAAUACAUCGGGAACAUCUUGACAAAGAAAAGCUGAGUUUAGAUCAUGGUGGUGAACUCUCCGUCUCCUCUGCCUGAGAGAGCCAUUUAUGGGUUUGUCCUUUUUCUCGGCUCCCAGUUUGGCUUCUGUCUGUAUUGCCUGUGGGCAUUUGUACCAGAGGAGUGGCUGCAUUCAAUAGGGCUCACAUACUGGCCUCAAAAAUAUUGGGCCCUUGCAGCGCCGAUCUAUCUGCUGGUUGCAUUAGUGAUCUGUUUUGUGUUGCUGUUCGGAGUGAACAUGAACAACACGGCUCCACUCGACUCCGUGGACAAUGUCACAGAUGUGUACGCUCAAGGCCAGAGAACGACAGGCCAGCGCAAGGGGGAAUACCCCGACUGAAGGACGUUUCCACCAGUGAAGUCAACAAAAUGUUCUAUAUGUCACCAAAGCGAUAACAAACAGGAGCUGAUUUUACCCGGAGGCAGAGGAGUGAGGUUGCUGGGGAUUUAUAAUGUUGUCACGGUUUGAACGUUGUUAAUAAAAGGAUACUGCUUUAUUUAUUGGCAAAGAUGUUCUGGAGGAAUUGUUUUAUGAAUCAUUAUUGGACAAAAUGAUGUGCUAUGUCUUCAGCUGCAUUUGAUGUAAAACCCUCACUAGAGCAAUAUU